AGGCAGGCAGGCACGAAGCCACUUCUCUCUCUGAGAAGUUUCCAGCCAUAUUUUUUAAUGGGAAAAUUCAAACAGAACUCCACUGUCCACGAGGAAAGAACUGUGUGUUUCCGAACCCGUUUCCAGCAGACAUCGCCGUUCCAUCGUUUCAUCUGCGGAAGCGUGGCCCCUAUAAACCAUAUUCUUUUGGUUCCUUUUGCUGUUUUUUGCUGCUUUUUGCUGCUCUUUGCUGCCUUUUGCGUCUCGCGGAUUUCUUCUUGCAGCAGCCGCAGCAGCAGACAAAUUUAUGAGCGUUAAGUGAAGGCCAAUAAAAUUGUGGACGUUUUUUCCGUCUGGACUUGUUUUCUGGCCACAACUUGAGGCCGUCUCUUCCGCUGGAACAUUAAUUUUACGAUGGGUUUCCAGUUCUUUCGAGAUUUUUUGUUGUUUCUGUUUCUGUUUCUGUCUCUGCCCGUGCCCGUGCCCGUGUCCCGAAAGACUAAUGGAUUUUAGUGUUUUGGGCUUCCAAUGUUCCACAAAUUAAAACAGAAUUAUAAUUAAAUACUCCCACCGCCCACGAGAGGGCUCAUUAUCGAUCGCUUAUCGAGUGCGGGUGGGUGUGGGGAUGGGGGUGGAUUCAGUUGGAUAAAGGCCAUGGUUCACCUGUGACUAGCCUCAGUGCUCGACUGGAAACAACAUGUGGAAGUUAUCUGCGAUUGCUGGCACUUUCCUAAUGGUAAACAAAUGGUUGAAGGUUAAAGGUAACAAAAAGCUAGUAGAACCCCCCACUAAAAGGCCCCAUACCAUUCCACAGUGCGCGGUGGCACAUGUGACAUUCACGAACCUCAAGUGCCAGAUGAUUGACCGGCGGUUCGGGCUGUUUGAAAUGUGCCGGAUCAAGGCGGUGAAUCGAACCCACAAAUAUAUGGAUAUCUACGCAAAGAUCUACAAGUUACCCGUGGAUAAUAUAACUUGCCGAAUCCUUCCCAUGCGUCAUGAUCAUGGCUAUAGGCCGUUCUUCAUGAACCUGACCUUUGAUUUCUGUGGGUUUUUCAGGAGUCUACGGACCGAGCAUGGCAUCAGGGAGAUCCUGCUCCAAGAACUCUUCCAGACGGUCAAGCAGUUCACGAACGUGAACCACUCGUGUCCCUACAAUCACGAUUUGGUGAUCUCCAAAAUGUGGACCGGCAAUCUGGAGACGCGAUUCCUGCGGUACAUUCCCUUGCCCCAAGGGGACUACAGCCUCUCCUUCUACUGGUUCACCGUCGGCGUUCAUCGAGCGACUGUCCGAGUGUACUUUAGGCUAACCGGCGGCUAAUUAUGAACAAUCGUCAUUAUGGCUGGA